AUGAAGAAGAAUGCAAUUCAAGGCAAUCGAGUUUGGCUCAUCGCUUUAUGUACAGACUUGCAACUAACUUGUUCUGUUACGAUCACUUCUAUAAAAAAAAUUGCCAGUUUAGGUCAAGGAUACAUGCAAUUGCGAAAUCAAGCAUGUUUGUAUUCAUACUUGAACAAGUCACUUUUUUCUUCUUUAAAAUAUUUUUUUAUUUUCUAUGUUCAAUUAAAACAGUGA